GGCGGGGAUCCUCGUAGUUUGCUCGGGAUUUUCGAUUAAACAACAACUGAAUCGAUGAUGCGUGUGUUAGUGUUUUCGCUAUUUGUAGGGGCAGCUCUUGCGGCGCCUCAAGGCUACAACUAUCAAUUAAAUUACGCUCCGAAUUAUGACGGCGCCUUAACCUAUCCUCAAGUACAGUUACUGCAAAAGUUCGCUGCUAAACAAGAACAAUCAGUUACAAUUUCCGAGCCACAAGCUGCUGUUCAGAAUCAAAAUUUUGCACCAGCUGGUAGCUCGCAAUUCUCCAAUCAGUUAAUACAGCUGGCAAGUUAUGGCCAGCAACAGCAACAAGCACAGCUAACACAGGGGAUUUCGGAGGUUCAACAGGCUCAGAGACAGGGUUUCUCCCAGCCUACACCUUCAGUUGAGCAACAAGUACUACACCAAGUCUUAGUCCAGCCUGUCCAGAUACAAUCUUCACAGCUAGCUCAACAACUGCCACAAAUCUUGGCACAGCCACAAAUUCAAGCAGAACCACGGCUUCAACCUCAACUUUUACUUCAGCUUCAGCCACAACCACAAAUUCAACAGCGAUUUUUGCCACAGUCUCAACCCCAACCUCAACUUGUACCGCAGGUCCAGGCCAUCGCACAGUUACAACCACAACCUCAACUUUCACGGCAGCCACUACCCCAGGUCUCCCCACAAACUCCUCAGCCCUUGCCACAAUCAGCUCAACCGAUACAUUUGCAGCACGCAUCUGCAGUGCCUCGCGCACCCGAACCCACAUACUACAAUAAGGAGUACUACUAUCUCUCUGCACCCCAGGAAAAUUAUGAACUACCGCCAGACUUCAAUAAUCUAUUGAGCAAAAUGAAAAAGAACCUUAGAGUGGUGUUCAUCAAAGCGCCAGAACAGAACGGCCUUACAAAGACAGCCUUGCAAUUGCUGAAGGAUAGCCAACAACCAAAGACGGCGAUUUACGUGCUAACAAAGCAGCAUAGUGCCGUUGAACUGGCUAAGAAAUUACAACAACAACCCGGCUCAGCCCAACAGAAACCUGAAGUGAUAUUCAUCAAAUAUCGCACGCGCCAAGAGGCUGAGCAUGCGCAACGCACUAUUCAAUCGCAAUACGAAUCUCUAAAUGGGCCCAAUCACUUUAAUUCCGAAAGCGUCGUACCAACGCAAAAUGUUAUCGGUUCUACUGGAGCCAUAGAGCCGCGACAGCGCCCAGUGGAGCAGAGCGUUGUGGCAAGUGUGACUACACCGUCGCCACUGGACUACCUCCCGCCGGCGCAGUGAAGCAUUUUUUUUUUUUUUUGGUAGUUAAUUUAUAUCUGUGAAUAUGUGUGAUUAGAUUUAAUAAAACUUAUAUAUAUACAUCCA